GUUUUAUCCAACGAUCCGGGAGGCUCGUCGAGGUAGUGGUCCGCGCCCCACAGCCGCGACAGCUCGAAACGCGUGUCGUUGUGCUGCGUCCGUUUCUCUGUCUCUUGGUAACGUAUCUCCUCUCUGAAAGGGAAGCAUUGACAGGAAAGUCGCGCGUCGAGGCUCGAAAUUCGUGUGGUGCUCGGUGUCGUCGUUACACCGGGACCGAUAUUCGUGUUUUAUUCAAAAGCCGAACAACAUUGGGGGUCGGGGUGGUGAAUUCUCUUUGCUUUCCGGCGGAGAGAAGAGCGCGCGAUUCGGAUUGCGAACAGAGAACGAGACGUUCGUUCUGUAUCCGCGAGGUGGUGGGCAAUGAUAACAGGAGGCAACGUUCGGGAGGGGGAGACCUCUGCUGACAGUGUUAUCGUCGCAGGAUUCUGAGUUACUGGAAAAAAGAUUUCGAGGAAUUAUCGUCGAUUAACGUCGUAUACCGGUGCGUGCGGUGAGCUCGUGCCAGGAGCUAAAAACACAGAGUUUCGUCGAACCUGAAAAAUUCGAGAUAGACAGUGAAUCGGAUCGUGUUAGUAAUAUACGUGUUUCGUGGUACGUUUUUCGCUCGAUUCGAGAAUUUAUACGGCGGGGACUUGCAGGAGGCUGUUCGGCGAUACCCAGCAACGUUCGCAGGUGCCAGGACAUUCGGGGGUGGUGCCGGUUACGCGCUUCUGUUCUCGACUCGUACGCGACACGAUCACGAGCGUUCUGGGGGAAGAGACGCCUUCGACAUUCGCACCUGGACAUUCGCGUGGUGUCAGCACUCAUGCUUUAGUAAAACAGCGAAGAAACUGAGAGAGGAGCGGACUAGAGGCAGCACGAUGUGGCGUAUACUCGUGGUCGCGGUCCUGCUGGUGACCACGGUGUCGGUGGACGGUGAUAAAGUGGUGGUUCUGCCUCAUGACGUCUACCCGGGCUACGAAGUGACGCUAUUCAACACAAAACGGCCAUCGAACUUUCAUCUAAUGGAGAACAAUUUUUCCAAGUUCUUCACCGUGCUCGGGAACGGUCUGGUGAUGACCACGUCCGAUUUAUCGCCGUUGGUCGAUCGACCAGUCAACCUUAUCGUACUGGAGGAACUGGCCAACAGCACCGAAACGCAUUUUCUUCAUCUCUACGUAAUUAAUCGCAGAAACAUGAUCACCUUCUCGCACGAUCACUUGGGCGAGGGAGAGGUUGCAGAGAAUUCUGCUGCGGGCACCUUGAUCGACGGUUUCCCUGUUCUAAGGGCUCGAGGGAGCUUUCCGGUUCAUUAUACCAUUCUGCCGGACGAGACAGGCGACAGACCAUUCGCCUUGAAAGAGGAGGAUUCGAAUCAAACGGGAUUCAACUUGACGUUGAACAGCCAAAAGGAGGGCGUCAGAGUGGUGACCGCAAAACCUCUGGAUCGAGAGACUAAGAAGCUUUACACGGUCGUGAUCCACGCUUCUGACGGCUAUCUGCUCAGCAGUUCGCAAAUCAACGGCCUGGUGCACGUGUUGGACGAGAACGACAACAGUCCCGUGUUCGAAAAGGAGCAGUACACGUUCGAGAUCAGACCGACUAGCUCGGACGGUAUUAACAAGAACUCCGUCGCUCUUCCUGGCUGGAAACGAUUCUCCACCGUGGGCAAGGUGGCGGCGAAGGACGCUGACGGUGACAAAGUCGCGUACAAAUUGCUUACACCGAGCAGCCUACUGGUGGUCGUGCCACAGACCGGGGAACUGAUGCUCGUUGGCGAACCGGAAAUUACUAUGGAGGAGGACAGCGAAUGCGUGGUGAUCGUGGAGGCCCACGAUGUGCGUAGCCCGAGUCGAUCGACAGAGAAACCGGCCAAGGUUGUCGUAAGAUUUUUAACGUCCGAUUCGACGGAGGUGGAAGUACAUAGAAUACAGAAGAGAAGGGUGACGAGAGCUGUUAGGCCUACGAAGAAGGUGGACUUCACGGAAGCGGACGGCGACAUCGAGGGAAAAAUCGCUUUCUAUUUGGAAAAGGAGAAUGAGAAAGAGACGUACAAGAUUAGGGAUGAGAAUAAGUGGGUCACGGUAGACUCGAAUGGUUCGGUUAUAGUCAAACAAAAAUGGGAUUACGAGGAGCUGGGGUCGGAAAAGACCAUUGAUUUUUGGGUGACUAUUACGAACACAGAGCGGUGUUCGCGGUAUCCAUCGUACAUGCGGUGUCCAUUCCACGACACGGACAAUCAGCGUGUCAUUAUCAACGUGAAGGACGUUAACGACGAGCCACCGUACUUCAUAAAUCGGCCUCUACCAAUGCAAACGGUCGUACAGCUGAAUGCACCGCCGAAUACUCACGUGUUUACCCUUCAAGCCAGGGAUCCUGACACCGACAGCAAUAUUCACUAUUUCAUCGUACGAGAUCGAACUGGAGGCCGUUUCGAGGUAGAUGAGCGAUCCGGCGUUGUACGCACCCGAGGGACCGAUCUUUUUCAGCUGGACAUGGAAUACGUUCUGUACGUGAAAGCGGAGGAUCAGAACGGCCGUAUAGAUGAGAGGCGUUUUCAGUCGACUCCUGAGGAGCGUUUAUCGAUCGUAGGUGGAAAACGCGCGCCGCAGUUCUAUAUGACGGCGUAUGAAGCUGAAAUACCGGAAAACCAGAAGAAGGAUUCCGAUAUCAUAUCGGUGAAAGCAAAAUCAUUCGCCGAUCGUGAAAUUCGGUACACGCUGAAGGCACAAGGACAAGGUGCAGCGGGAACAUUCAAUAUCGGACCAACCACUGGCAUUGUGAAACUGGCGAAAGAAUUAGACUUCGAAGAUCUACGUCAACCACACAUUUACUCUCUUAGUGUCACAGCUACCGAAGAUUCUGGUGGUUUCUCCACGUCAGUUGAGUUAACCAUACGGGUUUCGGAUGUAAAUGAUAACGCACCGAAAUUCGAAUUGCCUGAUUAUCAAGCACACAACGUGGACGAGGACAUAUCGUUAGGCACAAGUAUACUGAAAGUGAAAGCAACCGACGCGGACUCUGGUGCAAACGCGGAAAUAGAGUAUCUGGUGUCGGACGACCACUUCAGCGUGGACUCGAGUGGGAUCAUUGUUAACAAUAAACAGCUGGACGCUGAUAACAACAAUGCUUACUACGAAUUCGUAGUUACCGCCAAAGAUAAAGGUGAACCACCGAAAACUGGCACGGCGACAGUGCGCAUAUAUACGAAGAACAAGAACGACGAGGAGCCAAAGUUUUCGCAGCAGGUGUACACGCCAAACGUGGACGAGAACGCCGGACCUAACACGCUGGUCACAACUGUCGUCGCUUCCGACAAGGACGGCGACAAUGUUCGGUUCCGAUUCGUCGGUGGUAAUACCACAUCCGGCCAGUUUGUAAUCGAGGAGAUCACCGGUGUGAUUCGUCUCCAUGGAAAAGCGAUCUCUUUAGAUAGAGAUAAAUACGAGCUGAACGUGACUGCCCUCGACGACGGUGCUUGUUGCCCCAAUGGAGAAACCACUACGCACACCAGCACAGCUGUUGUCGUGGUUUUCAUUACUGACGUGAACGAUAACAAACCAGUUUUCAAGGAAUGCAGCAUGUACAAUCCGAAAGUCGAAGAAGGUGCGCCAAAUGGUAGCACCGUAAUCAAGGUUCAAGCUACUGACGAAGAUAAGGGAGUGAAUGGACAAGUGAAAUACUCGAUCGUACAGCAACCGAAUCAGAAGGGAACCAAGUUCACCGUCGACGAAGAGACUGGACAAGUUUUGACGAAUAAGGUAUUUGAUCGUGAAGGCGAUGAUGGCAAAUUUGUAUCAGUUACCGUUAAAGCAACGGAUCAAGGUGAACCUUCCUUGGAAGGUGUUUGCUCCUUCACUGUUGAAAUCACCGAUGUUAAUGAUAACCCACCAUUGUUCGAUCGUCAGCGAUACGUAGAGAAUGUAAAACAGGACGCCAGUAUCGGAACAAACAUUCUUAGAGUAUCGGCAUCGGACGAGGAUGCCGAUAAUAACGGUGCCAUAACGUAUUCGUUGAGCUCUCCUAACAAUGAACAAGGGUUGGAGUACUUUGAGAUUCAACCAGAGUCUGGUUGGAUCGUCUUAAAGAAGCCUCUAGACGAGCAGGUGGGAACGACAUUUUUUGAGCCCCACGUACGGUGUACUUCAACCUCUACGCAUUUUGUGGUGCAUCAGACAUAAACAAUUUUUGAAAAUGCUUGCAAUAUUUUAUAUGAAUGUGUUUUUGAUUCCUUUACAGGAACUCUGAUCUCUCUCUCUCUCUCUCUCUCCUCCCUCCUCCUCCCCCUCUAGAUCUUUCUUUCACUCCGUUUCUCGUAUUCCUUCGUUUAAACGUUUUUUUCGGUCUGUUUCAUUCUAAAUUUUUCCUUUUUCGUUUAUUUUUGUUCCUUGAACUUCUGGUUUCGUGCAUUUUGUUUUCUAUACGAUUUGUAAAACUUCUCUUUUUCUCUGAUUCUCUUCGUGAAUAUUCAUGAAGUUAAAUCAGCGAAAGAAGUAAUUUUUAACGUUUGCAUUUUGUUAAGAAAGAAGUACAUUGAAGGAUGCCUUUUGAUCUUUGUAUUUUUUGCGUUCUCUGUACACGGAGCAAUUCUUUGUUGCUUUUCCUUUCGCGUGUUCUUUUGCAUUUUGUACUAUUUUUCGUGAAGUUUUCUUCCCUCUUGUCCGUCCGACGCUUCCUCACUUUCAUCCUCUGUGCUCCCCGCAAACCACGACGUGACUGACAAUGAGCCAAAAAAUAAAACCGGAAAAAAAAAAGAAACGAGAGACAUUUUUUGCCGAGAGUGCAAUAACGAAUAAAACCGUAAGAAAUCUGUCCGUGGUGUGACAUUUUUUCUUCUGUGAUUGGGGCGGCAUACCACUGUCGUAACGAAACAGACAAAAAUAUAUAUAUAUAUAUAUUAUAUAUAUAAACGGAAUAACGCAGAUCUAUAAACACACUCGACGAGGCAACGUAACGAAAAAAUAGUAAAAUAAAAUUAAAAAAAAAAAAA